AUAUAUAUAUUCGCGAAUCCGCAUACUGCUAUCGACCAGUCCUCGCGCGUUUGCAUCCUUUCCCAUUCCUUAGCAACGUCGCAUUUUUAAAUGUCCGGGAGCUGGAUUUAGCCGGUUUUGACGGUUACAGAUCAAAAACAUACCCCGCAUUGUUUUGUUAUAACUUUUGCCAGGACUACCUAAUCCUUGUAAAUAAUUUAAUAAAGUAUAGAGGGAAUUGAACGAUCAACGAUUAUUUAACUGUUACCGCGAAAAUAUUGAUAAUGCCUCCGAAAAAAACUCGUGCUACCAGUGCAAAAUCUAAGGAAUCAAGUGUAAAGUUAGUAUCCAUAAGUAUUCAAACUGAAGAUGUUGAAUAUGAUAGCAAGAUUUCAAAUUAUCAAAAGAGAAUAGAGUUACUGGAGCAAGAACUCGCUGAACAUAAGUUGCACAUCACUGAGUUAAAAAGUGAGAUCAAACUUUUAAAAAGUCAAAACAAUAAUGUUGUAACAAAUGAUGUUGUAAAGAUGGGGUUAUUAGAAAGAAAUACCCUGAAAAUAAAAAAUGAUAAAAUAGCGAGUCCAAGAUCUGGGACAAAAAAUAAUAAAGGCUGUAGUUGUAAAGGUAACUGCUCCAACAAAAUAUGUGGCUGUGUCAAGAAGGGUAUAAUGUGUCAGGUGUUCUGCAGGUGUAAUGAUGCUCAAUGUAUGAAUCAGGAACCAGAGAAAGAAAAUAUAGAACAAGCUGCUCUCUCACAAGAUGGUCAGAAAGCUUUGGAAAAGUUUGGGCGUUUGACCUUAAAUCAAGAAUCUCUUCAUGCAUCGGAAAAAAAGGCUAAGAGAGGCAUGUUUAGUCCAUUUGGAGAUCGCACAGGAAUGGGAAAUUCAGAUAAACCAUAUCCUGCAAGUCCUCUCACAUUUGAAACUAGGAGACGGUUAUUUACUCAAGAUUCUGAUGAUGUUAUUGAUGUAAAUGAUACAGACAAUGGAGAUUCAAAAACUACAGAAAUAGAACGUUUGGAUUCUGAAGAAAAUAUUAAGCUAAUAGCAAAAUCUCAAAUUCAACUUCUUUCGCAAACUCCUAUUGCAAAACGUACCAGAAAGUUAAGGAUCCCUGAAAAAAGUGUUGAAGUUGAACCAGAAGAUAAUCUUAAGGUAUCGCAACAAACUGAAAAAAAAGAAAUAAUGAGAAAGGAAAUUGUAGUACAACAAAAUCCUGCUAUAUUAAUAACAAAUAUCAGUGAAGAAAAUGAUGAUGUGUUUUUGCCAAAAACAAAAAAAGUUGUCCAUUCUCCACGUGCUACAAGAAAAAAAUCAAAAUCUGUUUCACCUGAUCAACAUGUUAUGCAAAGAAAAUAUGCUGAUGCUUCUGGUACUGCAAAAGUAAAAUCAAGAUCUGUCUCACCCGAAGACAAAAGUUCUGAAUUAAAACCAGGUAAAGUCCAACACUCGCCAAAACCUUUAAUUAACAACUUGAAUCCAAUAAAAGUAGAAGAGAAUAUAGAUAUUGCAAAAGAGAUUGACAGUCGAGAUAUUGAUUCCAACACCCAGAAUCAAGUUGAGAAAGAAGAUAGACUUUCUCCUCACACCAAUCAUAAUGCAAAUUCUCUGUCAUUUGAAUCAAAUAUUAGUGAAAGUAGUGCUGGCACUAGUGCUGAUACUUUAGAUGUAAGCUUGAAUCCAAUGGUUCCUAAACAUCAGUUAGCAAGGAGUCCUAUCAAUGCAUCAGGAAACAUAAUUGCAUUAGCAGAAAAAAAACGUUUUUCACCUCCCAAAAAAGAACUUGCUGUAGCGGAAAUUGAUUGGGACAAAUUCAAAUCUGAACUAGUUAUGUGUCAAAUAUGCAAACGCAAAUUUUUCCCUCAUCGCAUCGACAAACAUGUGCUUUCAUGCAAGGGGAUUUGAUUACAUUAUGAAAAAUUUUAUAAAACUUGACUGAGUAAUUUACCAUACUACUUAAGUUUUAUUUUUUUACUUAAUUUAAUUUUUAUUAUAUAACAAUUAUAUCUACGUUUGAUGGCUGAGCCAUUUCACUUUGUGAUUCAAAUUAAUUGUUUAUUGCAUUUAUGUAAGCGUUAAUCAUCAGUAAUAAGAUAUAUAUAUAUAAAAUAGCUUUAGAAAAGUUACAUGAAACUGUUUUUGUAACUCGUUUCGUAAGUACUGGAAAUAUAUAUGUAUGUACAAAGAUGUGUGGAUUAAAAUUGUGAAAGAGUUGAAAUGAAAACGCAA